CUCUUUCUCUUUUGCUCAAGACUCUACUUGAAAAAGACAGAAAACAUAUCUCUACAAAACAUCCCUAUCUUCGUCGCCUGCUCGAUCUUCUGUUCCAAUAUGCUCUCCACCAAGUCGAUCAUGGGACUUCAAGUCCUGGCCCUCUCGAGCCUCUUUGCUACCAGCAUGGCCCAGACCACCACGACCACCUCGGCCAGCACCAUUGUCACUCCGACGCCCACACAGCCCGAGAUGGUCGACAACUGCGAGAGCUUCUACCUCGUGCAGACCAACGACACAUGUGACAGCGUUGCGGCCAGGUUCGACAUCGACUUUGCCGAUGUCUACGAUUGGAACCCCUCCGUCGGGGCGCUGUGCCCUGACAUGAUCCUCGGCGACUGGGUCUGCGUAGGCACGAUUGGCUUCGCUCCGAGCCCCACGCCUAGCCCGAUCGACGCCGACACCGUUGUGGGAUGCUACACAUUCUACCUCGUGGAGAGCGGCGACGACUGCUCCAAGAUUGCUGACGAGACGGACAUCACUCUGGAACAGUUUUAUGAGUGGAACCCCAAUGUCAACACCGCGACUGCUGAUUGCCCCAAUCUGUAUCCGGGCGAAUGGGUGUGUGUAGGUGCUUAAGGAGAGGCUCUCGGGUUGGCUCCCGGCAGCAAUGCUCAUGGAGUAUCACCUCAAUGGCGCGGGAGGGAUGAUGGACUUGGACCAGGGCAGAGCUGAUCUUGAAAGAUUGCAAAGUUCCUUCUUGCUCUCCCCGCGUACAUUUUCUUUUUUUGAUCUAGGCUAGUUGAACCAAUUAUCCCUACAUCAGUACGUUAAAGUCGCAUGAAAGCGAGCUGUAAUGGCGCGAGCAUCUGCCCUCACAAUAAAUUACAGUCCAAAUCG